GUUAUGUGCGCUUCUCGAACUACCUCCAGAAGUGGUCGCAGCGACUACACCGAAAGCUGCUUUGCUCCCGCUGCCUGGAUUUGGAGCAAGGGCAGCUGGUCCCGGUGGUGAAGGAGGUGAUGGCCGAAGGCGAAGUUGGCUUUGGAGGGAAGGUAGUACCGGCAGACGUUCUGGCGCAGCAGUUGCGGACCAUCUCGAAACGGCGCUGUUUGGUUGUGUACAUUGUGGAUGUGCUGGACUUCAACGGCUCGUUUAUACGCAAGAUCCGCCAGAUUGUCGGGAAGAAUCCUGUAAUCUUGGUCGGAACCAAGAUUGAUCUCUUGCCACCCAAGACGAAGCUGGAGCUGGUAGAGAAGUGGCUGCUGUACAUACUGCGCAAGAAGAAGCUGCGAGUUGUGAAUGUAAAGCUUGUCAGCAACGAGACGGGGAAGCACAUUAAUCAUGCAGUGAAUGCUAUCAUUGAAGCACGAUCGGGCAUGGAUGUGUUCGUCGUGGGUGCGGCCAAUGCUGGCAAGUCUCGAUUCAUCACGCGGCUACUGGACCGGCUGGAG